AUGAGAGACUAUAAGCUAGUGGUGCUUGGGGCUGGUGGUGUUGGUAAGUCGUGUCUUACAGUGCAGUUUGUGCAAGGUGUGUACUUGGAUUCGUACGAUCCUACGAUUGAGGACUCAUACCGGAAGACUAUGGAGAUAGAUAACAAGGUGUUUGAUCUUGAGAUUCUUGAUACGGCGGGGGUAGCGCAGUUUACGGCGAUGCGGGAGUUGUACAUCAAGUCUGGGAUGGGGUUUCUUCUUGUGUAUUCUGUGAGCGACAGACAAUCGUUGAACGAGUUGUUGGAGUUGCGGGAGCAGGUGUUGCGGAUCAAGGAUUCGGACCGGGUUCCUAUUGUGUUGGUGGGGAACAAGGCUGAUUUGCAAGAGGAGCGAGUGAUUUCUGUGGAGGAAGGGAUUGAGGUGAGCAGCAAAUGGGGCCGAGUUCCGUUUUACGAGACGAGUGCGUUGCUCAGAAGCAAUGUGGACGAGGUGUUUGUUGAUUUGGUGAGACAGAUAAUCCGGAACGAGUUAGAGUCAGCGUCGUCGAGCGGUGCUGGGGCCCAGUCGCGGAAUUUCAGCCAGGCCCAGCGUACGAUACAGCAAGGUGGUGGUAUAAGCGAUGGGAGCAACGGCAAUGGCGAUGCCGGAGAGAGGCCCGACGAGGGUCUUGGUGUAGGAAUGAAUAGCGGCGUGGGCGGUGGCGGCGCGCCGCUAAAGAAGAAUGACAUUGCGGGUCCAAGUCAAGUGCCAAGACAAGCUGGGGCAAGGAACGCCAGGCCCAUGGAGAGCGACAGACGUGGCAAGAAGAACAAGAAGAACAAGAAGAAGAGCAAGAGUUGUGUAAUAUUAUAG